AACGCUGUACUGGGUCGUUCAUGCUAGCUACAGUUUGCUAACGCCAAGCUGGAUCAAAACGGCUCGGUGUGCCGAGCAAACAAGCAUCGGAAUUGCGCCUAUGUGAAGGAUUUAAUGACAUUGAUACACACAAAAGACCAAGACGCCGCUACACAUCUCCAUUUAAGAAAAUGUGUGCUGAAACAAGCCGUUCUCAGAUUUUCCCCUCAUGAUGUCAUGUGGGGAGUUUGCCCCGCCCUCAGGUUUGGUUGGCCCCGCUUGGAGGAAAUUUCCACCCUUCUGUCCUGAACUUCCAGAUAUGCUUGGGAAUAACCUGGUUCACCAGUAGACCACCACGUCUGACAACAUGAAGCCGGUCAGCUAUCAAAGCAUGCCUGCUUCUGUGAAAGUCGGACCCCCCAGUUUGGCUAUGAACCGUGUCAUCACCUCUGCGAAUGUCAUGUAUUGUGACAAAUGUGGAUUUGCUACCACGGACCCUGAUGCUUUCAAUAAGCAUAGGAUUGAACACAUGGGGAUGAAGUUUCACUGUUUUUAUUGCAAUGAUGUCUCACACAGUGAGGAAGAGUUGACCGCACAUAUGAAGCUCCACACUGCAAAGUAUCAGUUCCAGUGUCCUCACUGCGGACAGGGCUACAUGAGGAGGCUGUGCCUUGUGAAGCACAUCGAGCGCCUGCAUAGUAAAACUAUUACUCAUGGAGCUGAUAAACCUGGCAUGGCAAAAACUCCACAAGUUUCUGUCUCCAGUGCUUUGCCAAGUCUGCCCACCUGUGAUGCAGCCUCACUUCGACCUGCUGUUAGAGUCACAGUGCCCAAACCAAGUGCACCUGCUGCCAGACUGGAUAAAGAUGAACUAAGAGGGAAAACACUGGACAAGAGUACGUCAAAUGCCAUUAAUGGUAAGACAGAGCCUCUGCCCCCUUUAAGUGGACUCGUGCAGCAGAGCAGGGCUCUAACUGUGCCGCUUCCAGAGGAAGUCAACAUCCCAGCCGGCUGUUUGGUUGAACUUGUUGAAGUAAAGACUGUCAAUGGGACAAAGGAGCUCAAACUGAGGCUCGUCUCACAACAGGAAAAUGAGUCUGUGAUUAAAGACACGAGGACUGUGGUUUCUGACAACACUGCACUGGUAAAGCCUUUAUCUUCCACUGGUAAUCAACCUACUACAGCAAAGUCCGUGAGUUUUGGGAAGUGUGCAGUUAACAGAAAACCUUAUGAAACAAAGAGCAUGAAUGUGGAGCCUCCUGCUGUCAGUGUUUGCAAAAACCUGCCGAAUCAACUAAGCAGGGAAAGAAAUGGACUUAAAAGAACACCAGAUGAAAUUAUCGACUUGGAAAGUAACUCAGUCACUCCAAACAAAGUUCCUAAAAUAAGCAUCAAUUGUUUAAGAGAGGGAGAUAGUCGGAUCAAAGUUCUGCAGAGAGAACCUGCACCUGUGCCCACUGCUCCCUCGACCAGGGCUCCCAUUAAGUUACCAAACAAAAUGCUUUCAGGAAACAUGGGAUCAAAUGUUUCUCAGAGAGCAGCUGAUCAGCCAAUUAUUCUAAAUACACCGCAAUCUAAGAGCAACCUACAACCAAGGACAAGUGAUUUAAAAAGCAGUCCAAAAAAUGGGCCGGUGCCUCUCAAAGUGGAACCCUGGGUCCGUCUCAAUAACAGCACAAACAUGAAGAAGGAGGCCGUGGGAUUAAACCAGCAGAAUUCCAAACCAGAGCUUUCCUCUUCAUGUCCUCGCUCAGUCUCCGCUCUCCAACUGCGACCGCCGAUCAUUUCAGUGGGCACAGAUAAUGUUGCAAAAUUAAAUUUUUCAGAACUCAGGGCAAAAACAGGUCCCUCAUUGGUCAAAACACCUGCGCUUUCCAAUGGGACAUGUUUAAACCUCCCUCCCCGGACGCAGCAGGUGAGGUUAAACGAUAAAAACAGAGAGAGGGAGACGCCCGAACCUGAGAGUUUUCCUGUCAUCUCAUCUGUGUUCUCAUUAAGCCAACAACCGGAGAGCGUUCAAGGAUCCAUUCAGCCACAGGUAAUGGCUGCUUUGCGUGGUAUAGCAAUGAAUAUCAAUGCCGGCAAUAAAAUGCAAGCCAACAAGAAAAGACGCAGCACAAACCUGAUGAAGGAGCCACCAACAAUGGGGAACCGUGCUCUGGUGUCUGCAAAAGAUGCGUCCUUAACUUGCGACCUACUCAAAACCUGUGAGUCUAUAAAAGUCGAGAAGUCUGAAAAGGGCGUUCAGCCCCCUCUGCUAUUCAACCAUAUCCACAUCAAGGAGGAAAAAUAUGGCACAAAGCUGAAAGACAGUGACAAUCAAAGUCAAACUCCUAAUUUAAAACCUAAAACAGAAGAGAAGGGUGUCUCUGGAAUGCACAUGGAUGCAUGCACAAGUACGGAUCCUCCGCCUCUUGAGUCAAAAAGUGACCAUGACGUCUCUUCUAAGUUCCUCACUGUCUCUCUGAAAAGGGUGCAAGUAGGCAAGUGGAAAAAGAGCAAGAAGGGACUGAAACUUCGCCUAUCCAAAUGUAAGACUCAGGGACCUAUCUUCAGUCUUACUGACUACACUGUUAUGUAUCCGAUGCCACUAAAGGAGGACCAACCUGUGAAACGACCGGGACCGUACCAGCCUGUGGUGGUGCUCAACCAUCCAAAGCCCCGGACCUCUAUCCUUGUAUCAAGAGUGGACCCUUUAUCCAACACAGGAGCCUUUAAGGUGGCCCCAAAGUGCCAAAUCUUAAAAAUGAGGCUGAGCAAAGUGACAGGGCGGAAGUACGAGGUGAUGGGCUGCACUGUUGGAGUCUUUUCAUGAUCAGUGCGCCUUAAAGUGUAAAAUUAUACUGAAUAACUAGUGUUACAAUGGAAGACUUUAAAAUCACACAAUAGUAGGGCAGUUAUUUUCUUAACAGGAGUAUAAAAGUGUCAACCUUAGUAUCCCUGACCAUUAUGUAGUCAUUUAUGUACAUGUUAUUUGAACAAGCAUGGGAUAUGGAGUAUUCAGGUGCAAUGCAGUGUGACUGCUAGAACAUCUGCUGUAUGAGAUUGCAGCCAGUUCUGAACAGAUGUGAAGUAGUGGUGCCAAACUUUUAGGGACAAGUAGAUCCGUCUGAGUGGAGUAAACGAUGCACAUUGUUUACUCGCAGGAUAUUUUAUAGUGAUGCUUCAUCGGGCCCUCUAAGACACAAACAUGAAUGCAGAAACGAUGACAAAUUUACAUGCAAAAGUAGUAGUAGACGUGAAGUAAAUAACGAUUAAAUGUGUGGUUUGUGAUGGCCUUAUGUGGUUCUGGCCUUGUGCAAUAUUGAAUACCAAAAUAUUCAGUCAAAAACACAGUUUAUUAAGGGUUAGUCCUCCUUUUUUCUGCUCUUUAAGAUUUGAUGAACUGGACAGUCUAAGAACAGAAAAAUUAGUCUUCAAAAUGAUCAGUUUGCUGAUCUAUAAAUAGAGCACUGAAGAGCUGAUGUUCCAUCUCUUACUUCCCAGCGGGUUGUAGAGAUACUUUUGCUGCAGUUGACACUCAGAUGCAUCCCAAAAGUCAACGUUUCUUCCAGUCAGAAAUGCGUGCCUUUUGGCAAAAACUCCCUAGAAAAUAUCUUGAUAAACGUGAUGUUUUUAUUAGGGAUGCAUGAUAUUGGUAUGAACAUUUACAGCUGAUUUAUCGCUCGUUCACAUUAGCAGUGUUUAUUAUAUACGGGCCUGAAUAUCAGUAAAAUAUACACCUUUACCAUCAGGUCUAGGUGGCUGUUUAGUGCGCCACACUCCUAAGGCCCAAAGUGAAUCCUGAGCAUUUUCAAUGAAGCCCUUAUUAUAAAAUGACUACCAGACUGUCUUCCUCCCAGCUCCUAUCUCAGCUCCAACGUCUCUCUGCAUAAGAGACACUUGGUGUUACAAUUAAAAAAGCAUCGGCUAAAAUGAGUUUGGAAAAAUCGGAAAUGGGCACAAAUCCAAUAUCGUGCACCCCUAAUUCUUACAGUCCCGUUCUGCUGUGUGGCACCGGCUCGACUCGUUUUGACAGUACUUGUUUUUUGAUUUUAUACCUGGUAGCUGGUGUGUUUCUGAUAUCACCUCUGGCAAGUUUUAAAGUCAGCUGAUCCAGUAUUAAAUGUGAUGUGCAGACUGCGAGUAUGGUUACCUGGAGAGUCUUGAGUAGGAUGUCAGACAUGUUAUUUAAAUCCCUGUCAUCGUCUGCUGACUUAAGGCUCCCUACUGCUCUAUGCAUGCAUGAAAAUAGAUGCCUGUGAUUUGAACGUUACAACCGUCAUUGCCCUCAUACUGAUGUGCAUCUACUGUCUAGAGUGGACAUUGAAAAACUAAGUCCACUAGAAGUCAUCGUUUCUCACUGAGCUACUAAGAUCCAUCCCAUAGACCGGUGGUUCUCAGCUGGUUGGGUCGUGGGACCCACCAUCAACUCAUCAAGGAGAAAUGUUACCCAAAUUUUGGAGAUUUAUUUGGUCAAUAAGAUGCAUUUAAUAAAAAAAUAAUAGAGCUUGGGCCCAAGGUUUUAUAGCACACAUCUGCGACCCACUGGAAAGGGCUUUGCGACCCACUUUUGGGUCCUGACCCACCAGUUGAGAACCACUGCCAUAGACUAAAGAAAGAAUGGCCCGUCUGUUCUCUGCUCAGCUGUGCUCUUGUAGCUGUCAGUCUUUAUUCCCAGGUGAGCUAACAUCAUUGAUAUGUUUGUAUUUGCUAAUAACUUGCUUGUGUUUUGUUUAUAUUUACUUAGAAAAAUCAAUUAAGUUCUUUUAAAUGUUUCUUCUUCUUUGUUGUAUUUCCUAUUUUGGGUUGGACUGUUGGCUGCACAGCUCAGCACUGCCCCUUGCUCGGCAAAGGUAUUGCAGCGUUUGAUCUGUGAAGGGACGAAAUAAAUGCAGAGUACGGACAAAAACGUUGGUCUGUAACUGUAUGCGGCUCUAACUUUGAGCGUUAAUGAGCCUUUACCAGACUCUCCCGUUCUUCUCGGUCGUAUUUUGUCUUGCUGCAGUCUCUCUGUGUGUCCUCUCUGUUACAAAAAGCCGUAGACUGAAACCCAGGUAUGCUGUCACCUCGAUGCCCUCCAUUGUUGGGCUGAUGUUGCGCCAGUUUGUGUCGAGCCGGAACCACAUCAGGAAAAGCAGGAGACUGUCUGACGUGUGCAGCACUUGGCAUCUGUUUGUCAGGUGUGGAGGUGCAUUCAGGUUAAAAAAAACACACAGAUAUUCAAAGGCGUGUCUUAUUUACCAGACGAUCAAAAUCAGCUGGUAAAUAAGACGCAGUAGGACAUGGAUGGAUACUGGAAUCAGGCAUUCAAACCACUGUGUUAUUCUGGGUGUUUAUGGAGGUUUGACCUUCAUGUAUGGUGUGAAGUGGAACUUUAGUAGAACUUUAGUACUGAUGGAAUGUGCAUCAGUCUUGUCAGUGGUUUUAGUCAGCCACUUUAAUGAUCAAACAGUUUGAAAAGUGCCUGAAUGCACCAGUAGGAGCGAGAACUUCAGGGUAAAAACUUCCAGUUUGAUAAGAAAUCUCUAUUCAGAAUCAGACCUUAAGGGAAAGUUAGUUAAAUUCAUCUUUGUUACACCACCUGGACUUCACAUUACUUGAAGAUAUUUAUUAACUAUUUACCACACAAGGUGUUUUUUUUUUAAAUAUUGUCGUAUUUAUCUCUGAUAGUUCAGGAUUUCCUUAUUUGACACCAAUGUUACAGUGAUCAUUGUUACUCCCUGUGCCAUAAAAUUCUCCAUCUUUAAAGCAGCCGUUUGGCUGUAAAUUAUGUUUGCAGAAGAAGUUGAAGCUCCCUAAACAGAGGUGUAGUGUGAACAGAACCCGGUUCUGACUCCAUGUAAAUGUGGCCGUAUGAACACCCUUCUGUCCGGAUACGUCGGAUCUUUGUGAGACAGCGCUACGACACCCAUGCGGUCUGUUAAUACUGUAAUGAUGUACAUAGUACUGUAGACCUCUGAGUUCUAUUGUGUAUAUAUGUUUCAAUACUGAUAAGGUGUAUAUACCUAUAAAUACAAACCUUAUAGCUGGUGUAAUCCUGCUUACUUUCCUUGCACUGCAGAGUCUAAUGCUGCCUUGCAGAUUGUGUUGUAUAUUGUUCUUAUUUUAAGUGUUAAAGGGUGUGAUCAUUCCUCCUGAAUGUCUGGCUUUGCCUUUCAGUCACUCUUGUUUGAGAAAUAUUCAUGUACCAGUUCAAACUGCUCCUUGUUUUUUACUGUCUCCUGCGUUGUAUUUAUUGUGCUCCAUGCUUUUAUAAAGCCGUUGUGUAACUGUUUCUUUUUUAAAAUUAAAACAAA